AUGAAGAGCAAGGUCAGCAGAGGGCAUGGCAAAUGGGAACCUGUUCACAUUUUAACUAAGUACCUACCUAAAUUUGAUAGGUACUUUUAUAAUCUAUUAGAGUCUCAGGUUUACCCUGGCCUGAACUUACCAUUGAUUCUUCAAUCCUGUAGAGUGGACAACAAGCUCCAAGCUCUAGAAAUACAGUUCAAAGAACUAGACAUCACCAAGGAUAAGCUGGCACAGCAAUUUGAACAACACAGCAAGACUUUGGCAAGCCAAGCGGCCCAAGAUGAAAUAUGGACAGCAGUUCUGGCCCUCGGGUUUACCUCAAUGGAACUGAAUAUUUUAUACAGCUAUGUCAUUGAAGUUCUUAUUUGCUUGCAUAUUCAAGUGCUUCAGAAACUUCCAGAAAUGGUGAGAAAUCUUCCGACCUUAGCUUCUGUCCUUAGACGAAAAGUCAAGAACAAACAUGUUAAAAUUGUGUGGGAGUCUGUCCUGGAGGAGUAUGGGCUGCAAGAGAGAGAUGUCACAGCACUCUGUACCUUCUUCAUUGCACAUGGUAACAAAGCAGAACACUAUGCUGCCAAUGUAAGACAGAUGUACAUCAAAGAUGUUACGUUCAUGAUCACCAACAUGGUAAAGAACAAGGCUCUGCAGGAUGGUUUGCUUCGGGCUGUUCAGGUCAUUGAGAAGGGGAAAGUGGUGAGGACUAUUGAAAACCAAAGGGCAUCCCUAAAAGAGUUGAUUCCAUCAACCAAAAAUUAACCUGUUACCCUAUGACUCAGCAAUUUCCAUUUCAGUAAUUUGUAUUGCAAAAACAAA